GGGAGAAUAAACAAGCCAAUUAACAGCAAAUGGGACUUGCUGGAAGAAAUUAUCUUGAAUCACGAUCCUCUCGAUGGCGCAAUAACGAUCAGGUGGAAUCGAUAACGACCUACGGGCCUAUUUAUUAAAGACAUAUUGAUUUAAUGUCCUCGUCCGCGGUACGACAUGACAAAAAACAAAAACAAAGAAAAAGAGAAUCAUAAUAGUUCUCUUAAAUCAACUACGAUAUCGGGAUCAGACAUUUCUGAGAAUGUGAUAAAGGAUAGAUAUUGUAUCGCGCGCGCGUAAUAGAUAGCGUGUAAUAUAUAGGAGAGAUAAAAAGAUUAAUAUAACAACUAGCUCAUGCGAUUCGGUAGUCGAUAAUUAAAUAUAGCGGUUUGAUAUAAAUAUGACUUGUGUACUAACUUGCAAUACUUUAUUAUAAAUACGACAAAUGCAUAUUUUUCGCGAGAAUACUAUUCGAGCACACUGCUCUAUAUUAUUUUAGAAUGCAAGAGCACGAUCUGGAAAUAAAUUGAUAUGCAAAAAUGUAGAAAAAUAUUUGACGCAAACUCGGAAAAAUCUAUCAGGACGAAAACAUAUCCAUGAUCAACAUUCACAUACAAAAUGUGAACAAUUUAUAGACGCAAUUAAAACGUACGUUUGAACUGAUAAUGUUUUUUCCAUGUACAUACGUCCUCUCACGAGCAUAUAAAGGAAAAAAUAUGAUACACCUCGUAUGAUAUACCUCUGUGUGCGAGACAUUAUUGUCGAUUUAUUACUAGUAAUUAUUUUAAUUGCAUAUAUUAAAAUAUUAUCUAUGCUGAGGUCGAUUUUUAUUUUUAUCUCUAUUGUUAACAUUUCGUAUGUAUUUUUUAACCGUGUGUACAUAGCUGUUCAUCUUGGGUUUUCCACACAAAGCUGUUAACUAGAAAGGCUUAUAGUUAGCUAAUCUUCACAAGUAUAUACAUGGACGUGACGUGAGUCAUCGCCUGGGUAUCGCUGUCAUAGAUUGCAUCAAUAUUUAUGCCGUGCCGUUGCAUCGCGUGUGCGUGUGUGUGUGUGUGUGUGUGUGCAGAUUCGUGUAUGUUAUUUUGCGUUAAAACAAAAGCUAAUUUAUAUGCGUCAAAUUUUUUUGUCGGUCAAGUUACCUCCUGUUUACGGAUCUUGUCGCGUCGCGUCUGCGCGCGAUUUGCGCAUGAACAAAUACAAAAAAUAUUAUAUAUACGAAGUAAUAAUUUGAAAUUUGACAUACGCGGAGAUAUUACGCGCGACAAGCACGCUUCGUUAGCGCGAACUCCCUUGUCAAGAGAUAUUUCGGUGAUCAUUAUGUCCGACCAGCCUUUUAAAGCCCGAAAUGCUUUUCAUCCCGCGGAUCCGCCGCACGGCAUGCAAAAUUACGAUGUGGGCGCACUAACGAGAGAUCAGAAACAAGCUUUGAACGAAAUGAAAAUGAACACUCGAAAGGAAAACGAAAUUUAUCUUAAAUCACACCCGGAAAUUAGAGGCUUUAUCGGUAUUUUACUGAGGUACUCGCAAGUGUCUAAGCACGUCCUAUCGAAGCAGCCGCUCAUCGAUAUUCCCGAGGUUGUAGGUACAUUUUUCAACAGGCCACGUCGUGAAAUUGUUGCCGACCUUUUGGAUUACUUGUCGUCCGCCGAUGAACGAUCGGACAUAACGGACGAUCUUCGACGGGAAGUAUUUCGAACGACCAACGUUGAAGCCAGCGGUAGCAACGACUCGAGCUCCGAUUCUGACUUGUGCGGCUGCAACCGCAUGAAUGAGACUUUAUAA